AUGUACCCACCGGGACUGCGCCUGAUCCACGCCUACCGGCACGGGAGGGUCUUCACGCGGAGUUUCUACAAGUACAGCGUCCUCCUCCUCACGUUCCUCACCUAUGCAGCCUAUCACGCGUCACGCAAGCCCCCGUCGAUCGUGAAAGCCGACCUCCACGGCGACGACAGCUCCGACGGCGGCACCAGCCCGGCCCUCGCGGCCGCAGGCCCCCCCCCCUCCCGGCACCUCACGUCGGACCCAACAUGGACCACGCACGGCCUCGCCGCCGCGCAGCCGUGCGCGCGCGCCGACGCCGGCUGCCUGCCCCGCGCGCGCGCCGUGCUCCAGCAGGCCCUGGGGGAGCUCGACAAGCACUCCCCGCACGACGGCAGCGGCGACGACACGCCUGCGUCAGGCGGGGGGGGUCGCACGGGCGGGUGGGCGCCCUUCAACGGCCCGGACGGCAAGACGCGGCUCGGGCAGAGCGACCUCGCGUUCCUGGCCGCGUACGCGAUCGGGAUGUUCUUUUCGGGCCACCUCGGGGACUCGAUGGAUCUGCGGGUGUUUCUGACCAUGGGCAUGAUGGGCUCCGGCCUGUUCACGUGUCUCUACGGCAUGGCCUAUUUCUGGGACGUGCACAACUUCUACUUCUUCGUGGGCGUGCAGAUCCUGGCCGGGCUGUUCCAGAGCACGGGCUGGCCGUCGGUCGUCGCCGUCAUGGGGUCGUGGUACGGCAAGGGGAAGCGCGGCCUGAUCAUGGGAAUAUGGAACGCCCACACGUCCGUGGGGAACAUCGCCGGGACGAUCAUCGCCGCGGCGGCGCUCGCGCACGGCUGGGGCUGGUCCUUCAUCGUCCCGGGCCUGCUCAUGGUCUUCGUCGGCGGCCUGGUGUAUCUGUUUCUCGUCCCGGAGCCGCACGACGCCGGGCACCACAACUUGUACCACGGGCAGUCGGUGGCGAGCAACCUCGCGGACAUCAAGACGCUGGAGGAGCAGCACCGCCGGCAGAUGGCCGACGCGGAGCAGCGCGAGCGCGACGUCGCCGGCUCGCACGGCGUGGGCCUCCUGCAAGCCUGGCGCAUCCCGGGCGUCGCGCCGUUCGCGAUGUGCCUGUUCUUCUCGAAGCUCAUCGCGUACACGUUCCUCUACUGGCUGCCGUACUACAUCCGCGAGACGGAGAUCGGCGGCCGCAAGCUCACGUCGAAGGAGGCUGGCGACCUCUCGGUGCUGUUUGACAUUGGCGGCAUCCUCGGCGGCGUCGCGGCGGGGCACCUCUCGGACUCGACCGGCGCGAGCAGCAUCGUGGCGUCGCUCUUCGUGUACACGUCCAUCCCCGUCCUGUACGCCUACAGCAAGUAUGGUCACAUGUCCUUCUUCUUCAACAUUGCGCUGAUGAUGGUGUCCGGGUUCUUCGUGAACGGGCCGUACGCGCUGAUCACGACGGCGGUGUCCGCGGACCUCGGCACGCACGACUCCCUGAAGGGCUCCGAGAAGGCGCUGGCGACGGUGACGGCCAUCAUUGAUGGGUGCGGCUCGCUCGGGGCCGCGCUGGGGCCGAUGGCCACGGGGAUCAUCUCGGAGCUGCCCGGCGGGUUCGAGAACGUGUUCAUCAUGCUGUACUCGAGCGCGCUCGCCGCGGGGCUCCUGCUGUCGCGCCUCGCGCUGAAGGAGCUGCGCGAGAUCUUCUCGGCGCCGGAGGGGGGGAGUCGGGACUUGGAGGGGGGGGUGUCUGCCGGGGACGAAGAGAACGAGCGGGCGCGGCUGCUGGCGCGCGGGCGGCAGGAGGCCGCGCUGCGGUCCAGCCUCGAGACGGGCGGCCUCGUGGCGGGCGACGCAACGGCGCGGGCGGGGCACGCGCAGCGGCGGGCAGCGGCGGCGCCGCCGCGGUGA